UGUUACACAGUCCCUUUUACCAGCCGGUCGUGCCGGGGGUGUUGGGUUGCUUUCGCGACGUUCAAACAGUUGAUCUUUGUCUGCUAGCGUGGUCGUGACAUCUCGCGCGAACGCUGCGAUCACAUUUGCGCAGAACGCGCGCGCCCGCUUUUCCCCCUUGCGCGCAGUUUCAACGUUUCUGUCUGCCGUACCACCCACUCGAAGUUGUGUGUUUCGGUGAUUCUACACGAAGAACGUGGAUUUUUAAAAGCAAUCCCCUUCAACCCCGAAAAACAUAGGUGAGAGAGUUUCGGAUUCCGGAAUCGUUGUGUGCUUUUACUACGAGAAUGUGGUUAUCGGAAUGACAUAUGGUUUCUGUGAUAAGAUUAAAGCCCUCGCAGUGUGUGCGUUGUGUGUUGGCUCACUGUUGUGCCGAGAUCAUAAGCCGACCCUAUUGCUGUGAAGUGCUUGUUUCGGGAACGUUAUUGGUAGGGUAGAACGGAACAGUCAAGUCGGGGUCGGAUGUGAUGGAAGCAAAUUGAAAAAAAAGGUAAUAGGCCGACUUUGUGCUCGAGAUUCUGGUGUUACGAUUGCCACUCGAUCGUUGGAUUGUGGAUUGUGGAUUACACUGUUGAGUGUGUUUUGAGGUUUGAGUUUCCGUCUCUUUCCCAUCUCAUUAAGUCAGCGUAAAAACCUUUCAAGCAUAACAAUGCGGAUCAACAACGUUGAAACGCAGUGGAAUGCCUGAGACUGGAAGGCAUUGGAAUAGGCAUCACUGUGCUGAUAAAAAUGUUCGUCAUCACUGGAAGAGCUGCUGUUCUCCACAAAUAUUGGACUUCGCAGCAGCGCGAGAAUAUGGUCAGGCGAAACGUCCAGCGUCAAAUCUAAAUCAUCUGUGACAUCAGUGUUUAAGUGUUCGAUUGAAGCUCACUCAUCCGUUUGCAAUCUAAAGCUAGGGGGCACAUAUCCCUAGGCACAAUCUCAGACCCCAGAAUAGAAACCCAUCCACUGAGUGCAAACAACAGCGCCACAUCCGCUCUCCCCUCGGAUCCGGUGUGAAAACCGGUGUGAUACGAAUCAUCCCGCAGGAGCAUCGCACACCACCAGCGGCCGUCAAAAUGUUGGUCGAGUUGAGCGUGAAGCAGAAAUUUCUGACACUGUGCGGCAUCACAGCUGCCGCCAUGGCCGCAUCAUUAGCGAUCGGACAAAGAUUGAUACCGCAGUCGAUACUGACCGGUGUCGUUUUUUACCUCAUUUCCGGCGAACGGCCGUCCACCGUGUACGCGUCCAUCGUGUCGCUGCCGCGGGACAUACGCACGGCAAUAAUUUUCCUGAAGCUUAACCUCUGCCUGUACCGGUACGAGCGGGCCGGCGCCACGGUCGUGCAGAUCUUCGAGCGUGUGGUCGCCCGCCAACCGAACAAGGUAGCGUUCCUGAUGGACGAUGGGCAGCUUACGUUCGCCCAGGUGAAGCAGCUGGCCGACCGGGUGGCGGCCCACUUUUACGCGAAAGGCUUCCGCAAGGGCGACACGAUUGCGCUGCUGAUGGAGACGCGGCUCGAGUAUCCGUGCAUCUGGCUCGGCCUCUCGAAGGUCGGCAUCGUGACGGCGCUGAUCAAUUCGAACCUGCGGAAGGAAACGCUGCGUCACUCGAUAACGGUGGCUAAUUCGAAGGCAAUCAUCGUCAGUACGGAGCUGGCCGGAGCGAUCGCCGAAAUAAACGAGCAGGAAGGCAUAAAAGGCUUGCCGGUACAUCUAUUCCGCACCGACGGUGCCCCGGACACCGCCAGCAGCAGCAGCAGCAGCAGCAGUGACCCAUUGCCAGAUGCCGAAGAUUUAAGGCUCAGCUUGGAUAGUAGCGGCAGCAGUAGCUCAAACGUAGAUUUAAGCGCUAUCCCGAAUGAUAUAUCACCGAAAGAUAAAUUGGUUUACAUCUAUACGUCCGGCACGACCGGUAUGCCGAAGGCGGCCGUCAUCACGAACCUGAGGUACACAUUCAUGGCCCUGGGCUGCUACUACAUGCUGAGCUUCCGCGAUGACGACAUCAUUUAUAAUUCAUUGCCGCUGUACCAUUCGGCGGGCGGUAUGAUCGGUGUCGGCAGUGUGCUGCUGUGCGGUGUGACCGCCGCCCUGCGCAAAAAGUUCUCCGCUUCCAACUUCUGGGCGGACUGCAUCCGGUACAAGUGCACGGUGGCACAGUAUAUUGGGGAAAUCUGUCGCUUCGUGCUGAUGACACCGCCGAAACCGACCGACACCCAGCACUGCGUGCGGCUAAUGUUUGGCAACGGUUUGCGGCCCCAGAUUUGGCCCCAGUUUGUGUCGCGCUUCAACAUUCAGCAGAUCGGCGAGUUUUACGGCUCCACCGAAGGCAAUUCCAACUUGUUGAACAUCGAUAACACGAUGGGAGCGGUCGGUUUCGUUCCCAACUUCGCCAAAGCCAUCUAUCCCGUAACGCUGAUAAGAUGUGAUGAAGAAACUGGUGAGAUUAUCCGCGGCCCGGAUGGGUUCUGCAUUAAGUGUAAAGCGGGCGAGCCGGGCGUUUUCGUCGGGAAGAUCAACCCGAAGAAGGCACUGAACUCGUUCGUUGGGUACGCGGACAAGGCAGCCUCGGAAAAGAAGGUACUGCACGACGUGUUUCGCAAGGGCGACAUUUUCUUCAACUCUGGCGACAUUCUGGUGCAAGAUUUGCUCGGCAACUAUUACUUCAAGGACCGAACGGGCGAUACGUUCAGAUGGCGCGGUGAGAACGUUGCCACAUCGGAGGUUGAAGGUGUCAUCACCACGAUCGUCGGUUUGAAGGACUGUGCUGUGUACGGUGUUGAUAUCCCCGAAACGGAGGGCAAAGCCGGUAUGGCUGCCAUCGUCGACCCGGAAGGCAAGGUGGAUCUGGAGCAGCUUGCGGCCGGCAUUCGCGCUAGCCUGCCCGCAUACGCCCGGCCACUGUUUAUACGCGUCCUGUCCGAGGUGCCGAUGACGACCACGUUCAAGCUGAAGAAGCGCGACCUGCAGGUGGACGGGUACGAUCUGGGCAAGAUACAGGAUCCGAUCUAUUUCCUGCAAAGCAACGGCACCUACCGACGGUUUACGGCGGACGAUCACGAAACGAUCAAGAGCGGCAAGGCGAGGCUAUAGUGAGGCUAUGGUGGGGCUGGAGUAGACAGGCUUUGUAAAAAGACAGGCGAUAUGUGCGUGAAGCGAUUCCAUUAGUUGGGUGGGUUAUUUUUCUCUUUUAGUGUGUAGUUGUAGGUGUACUGUAACGGUACGAUCAACACAAAACAAAAAAACAAAACAAGAAAAACUAAACAAACCAAAUAAUAAGGAAAAACAAUGGACUGAAAUUUCUAUCUUUGAAGAUACAGAAUCCCCUUCGUAUCUAAGAGCUGCACACAAUCUCGAUUGAAAGGAGCGGGAGAGACAGAAGGAAGAGAAAGUAGUCUCUAGUAUCGUUUGUAGGACACGUUUUUUUUUCUCUGCAUUUUGUAAUUCAUGCUCGAAGGUUGGUUGCGCCAACCUGGUAAGAAAGCUUAACCAGUAGCGAUAGUAAUAAAGCUAGUGUCUAUAUUCGUACAAUA